AGUAUUUUUUUUUUGUUAUAAAUCUAACAUAAUCUAGAAAGAUGUCUUAAGAAUAAACUCCUUUGUUCAGUAAAUGCAAAUAAGCAUUUCUAAUUUCUUAGUUUGAUAACAGCUGUAUUGUAAGUAGAACCCUUGGGAUACAAUAUGAUUGAAGAAGAGCUGAAAUACACCCUUCGCCUUCUAGAUGAUUUGUCAUUUGAUAUUGUGGAGGAAAUUGUGCAAAUUCAAAAUGACAGAAAACAAUUAUUGCCUGCAAAAAAAUUAUCAGAUACCACUUUAAAUUUCUUCAAACAUAAUUUAAAAAACAAUCCUGUAACUACUUCAAGAGUUCUGAAUUAUUUAAUUCAGAAUGUAUUAGAGAGUGAUGUUCUACAAAUACAACAAAUAUAUUUUGAGGUGCUUCAAAAUGAAUUAUCCAAUAAUUUUUCGGACAAAGUAACAACAAUGCUAUGCUUAAUAAAGUGGGAUGAUCAAUUUAUCAGUAAAUUCUAUGACAAAAUUGUUCAAGAAUUCAAAAAUGAUUCUUUCAAACAACACAAAAAACAAAUACUUAUAAGCCUUAUGACGCAUGAGAAACCAAAUACUCUAAAAGCUGCUUCUGAUGUACUAUGUAAGAAGGAUGAAAAUAAACAGUUUAAACUAACAGCAGAGUAUAUGAUAGAGCUAUGUUACCAAGACAAAAUACACUGGCUGCUCAAAGCAGCUGAUGUUUAUAAGCAACAAUUACAUGAUAUGAAAAAUGUGACUUUUGAAAUCAACAAUUUUACUAAACAAAUAUUGAUAAUGCUGCUAAUUGAUCUGACUAAUUGUCCAGAAACAUAUGACUUGCUUUCUCUAGUCAAUCAGUUGGCAAACAUUUUCUCAAUUCUCGACACUUAUGUUACAACUGAUACUCAAUUGCAAUUUUAUGUGACUGAAAUCAAAAGAGAAUUGACAAUAAUAAAAUUCUGCUUGGAAAAUAACUGUAAAAUAUUAUCUACUUCUAUUUUUAACCAAAUACUAACACAAAGUGCCCUGACAGUUAUAUCACAAGUUUGCAGAUUAUCUAAAAUAGAUAGAUACAAGGUGUCGCAACUUCUGUCUGCAAAUAAUGAGUAUGUCUGUGACCUCAUGUCUCUAAGCAAACAAGGUGAUUCUGUUAUUAACCGCAGCUGCAUGAAUUGGAACAUAUCUGUAUACAACAGCUACUGUGCUGUAACAAAAAUAAUAGACACAAUAAUUAAUUCCUGUGAUGGUUUUGAGAACACGCAGGAGAUCAGUACAUCGUUGGAUGACCUCAAACGUCUCAUUUUAUGUAUACAACCUUUGCAAUGUUGCAUAGAAGUAAUCGAAACAAUGUUUGCCUGCUUAUUUAUGAGAUAUGAGUACUUUGCUUGCUACGAACAUACAAAAGAAUUUCCAUGCGGCACUCAUUCAGAAUGCUCCUAUUUUUAUUCCAAGAAGCAAAAUAGACCAGUCAAUAAGAGUGGUAGCUCCAAUACUGGUUUUAUGUGCAACUCCUACACUACUCAAAUCAUAUUGGAUACACUGAAAACUUGCUUAGAAAUAUUAAAAGAAAAAGAAGAAGUUAAUUUCCUUGACGGCAGAGAUAGCUGCAGGUUAAAAAAGAUUGUUGACAUUGUAAAUCAUUCCAUAUGGAAAAUGCAACUGGUGUCCACUUUAUCCCCUGACACAAGUUCUGUGCAAAUCAAAUCCUGCAUGGACUAUGUUGAUGUCGACGAGAGCAGCGAUGACGAAGACCAGGAAUUCAAUCAAAAAGUUUUAAAGAAAAAAACAAAAGUGAGAAGGCGUCAGCCGCACACUAAAACUGAGGUUGGUCAUGAUAUGCUUACCUCGACUAUUUCGGCCAAUGAAGAAUCCUUUACAACAAAGAAGAAUACAAUUGACUUCAUAUCAAUAAUGCUAGCUAAGCCCCAUUGCUUGGUAGCGUUGGCUCUUUAUAACAAUGACUUUUCUAAAGCGCAUCAUAUUUUGGAGAUGUUCGAUUUAUCUGACUCAGAAAUAGCAACGGAAGUCGCAUUCACGGAGCAACUGAGACAUUUAAUCAAUAAAAUAAAAAACAUAAUCUGCUACAGGGACACGUCUCGAUAUCCGAGUAAAGAAUUGUCGGCCCUGUCUGUAGUCUCCACGGAGGUGAUGGGCCUGGUGGAGGGGUUCCUCACCUGCAACAGAGCCCCCAACUCCUUCGACAUAAUGGAGCUCGGGGCCCGCCACCCCCACCUCCAACUUUACAGCCACCAAAACGCGCCCCUCAUAAACGCAGUCGACAUACUCCUGAGUAGCGGCCUCAACAGGGAGAUCACUUACGGUCUCAUAAACGUAGUGGAAAGGAAGCUGGCGGAGGUCCGGAGCGCCACCGACGUCACCGCCGUGAAGAAAACUAACUACAUCCGUUUCGUGGAGGACCUCGUCAGCGUCACUUUCGAGAUAUUCGGCAACACCGAGAAGUCCUUCGACUUCGUCAACAACAUAUGCGAGCUGAUCACCGACUGCCGGAUACCGAUAAAGCACAAGGAGUUCUGCAAGCUCAACCAGCUGUCCCACGAGCUGCGCCAGUGCUGCCUCGACCUGGCCGACGUCAUCGAUCCCGGCGACAGGAGCGGCCUCGACGAGAACGUCUUCCAAAAGUAUCACCAGAAUUACAUGAACGUCGUGGCCGUCUCCGAUAAAGAUCUGUGCAACGUCGCCGAAGUCAUGCGACACGGUAAUAAAAAAGCUAGAGUUCACUACCUGAGAAAAUGUUACAUUUACACGAAGGCCGUGUCUCAGAUCGAGCGGGAGGAUUUCGCCGGCGAGUCGACGGCCGAGAGACCGUACUUCUCCGUACUGGAGACGGAGCUCCACGACAUAUUCGGGAGCAUGCUGAACAACAAAGAGCUUCCCGUGUCGUUCCUCGAACCUAUCUGUAAAAAGUUAAACGUCAACCUGAUCCCCAAACUGAUCCUGAACUUCUGCCCGUCGAUCACGCUGGCCGGAAGUCUGAGGGAGGCCGAGGAGGAGAACUUCAAUAGCCUGCUGCAGGUCGUGUACGACUUCAAGAAUCCCGAGGAAAAAUUGUUCGUCGAGCCGGUGGCCGACUUCUCGCCGCUGGAGCGGACGCCCGACCUUCAGUGCAUGACGUACGUCGCCCUCAACAACUGGGUGCUCGCUCACAUCAUAAAGAAGAUACACUCGACCCUCGCCGAAAGCACAAUGCAAAACGUGGACGCGCGGACGAAGUGCCUGAACGCGUACAUGGAUUUGGAGAGGUUCGAGUGUACGAAGGUGCUUUUUAACGGGAAUAAAUAUUUGGCGUCGCUUCACACUACCGUCGACCUAGACAAGCUGUUCCUGUACCUGCCCCGGCUGUUGGAAUCCGGCAAGAUUCUCCAGUGUUUGAGAAUCAUAGACGCUCUCUCGGAGUGGCAGGUCAAAUGUAGCACAAACUUAACAAACCUCCGAGAUUUGAUUCUGUUUAAAAUAGCGACGAAUCCCAAAGUCAGUAACAACUGGAAGUACUGUCAGUAUCUCAAAUGUCCCGAAUUAAAGCUGGACUUGAUACUGAACAAUCUGUCGUGCUGGCCGGCCGAGGGAGCUCUGGAGGUCCUGGAUUAUUUACGUUUUACUUUAGAUCAAACUCAAAUCGAGGAAGGGCUCUACGAGAAGUGUACAGACUGGAUAAUCAAAAUACCUUUGUAUGAGCAGAUAUCGUCAAUUAUGGGCGAAAAUCACUGGUACGAUGUUCUUGAAAAAUCUGAGGACAGCCCUGAGACAAUAAUCGAAACUCUAAUGGACAGCCAACAGUUUAAGCUUUGUCUGGAUUGGGCGGAUGCACACAACGUGUCACAGAAUAUGAAGAACCUUAUUAUAUCCAACCUUCUGAGACAGAUGUUCGAAUACACCAACGAAGCGACGCCGACGCUCGUCAGAGACCUCCUUCUGAGACUACCGACAAAUCAGACGCUGAGCCUGAUAGAAAACGAAAUAUCAAAAAUAAGGAACCUAGAAAUACUCCAGGUCUGCAUCGACUUCAUUACCGCUCACGCGUCGACGUGGAAAUCCUUCGAAAACAUCAAAAUCGGCUUCCAAAUCAUGACCGAAAUAGAGAAGAACGUGAGGCAUCUGUUUUGGGAUCUGAUAGACAAGCCUCUGCUUAUGAUAGAACAGUUUCUCAUGAAUAGCAAACUCGACGUCCUCGCGCAAAUUAUAAGCAGGAUAUCCCCGAAUCUCAGGAACGACUACAACGGCGACAAUCUCUACUACAAUAUAAAGUGCAUCGACACCAUAGUUAUAUCGCGCAACGCCGUCGAUGCGCUGCUCAGGUUUUACGCGGAGAAGGCGCUCGACUUGAAACAUCAGAGCCCCACUGGUGCCCCACCCGUGAAACUUCUAGAAGAUUCCCUGCUACAGUCCAUCGACUCGAUAAACAUAGAGGCGGCUUCGAAGCCGUUCGUGAUGCCGGAGCAGGUGCCGACGAAGGAGCAGUGGGUGGACGACAGCUCGGUGGACCGGUGCAUGGUCUGUAAGAUAUCCAUAUUCUCAAUGAUCAUCCGCCGCCACCACUGCCGCCGCUGCGGCCGCAUCGUGUGUCACGCCUGCUCUAGGAACAGAAUGCAGGUCCCAACGUAUCCGAGCGGGGUCAAAUUUCGAGUGUGCGACGAUUGUUACGUGCAAACGUUGAACAAGAAGUCAAAGUUCGAGCAGGAGAACAUGAUGGGGAGCAGUCACUCGGACUCCGCCGCCAGCGGGACCACCUGCCUCGACUGGUGCCUCUCCCUCAACCCCAAGAGAAACGAGGCGGUUCGCGACGAGUUCAGCUACGAGUUCACACCCAACGUCACACUCUGUCUCACUAUUAUGAAAAUGCACUCAACGAAUUUGGAUUAUCCGAGAUUCCUGCUGGACCGCAGCGACGAGGUGGCGCGCGAGUUGUCUAAAGGCGGCGACUCGCGGCUGCUGGUGCGCGCGCGCCGCUCCCUGUUGCUCGCCGCCGCGGAGCUAUACGCACGGACGCCCACGCAAAAAUCGUCUGGCGGCGCGGUGGCGGAGGCGGGCGCAGCGCACGCGGCACGGUGCCUGGCGCACGCGGACGCGCUAGCGGCGCUCGUGCGACACCACGCCCACCACCUCGUGCCGCAUCACGCCGCGCACCCCAGUCAAAUAGUUCGGUCGUUACUAGAAGCCGAAAAAUGGGAGCUGGCGCUGGAGAUAGCGACCAAGUCAGGCCUGCCGCGCCACAGCGUGCUGGCCGCCUGGGGCAAAGCGUGCCUCAAGGCCGGCUGCUUUAAAGAAGCGCGAAGAAAGUUCGCACACUGCUUCAAGAAUGCUCCGAAUAUUAGCGUCGACUUCUCCGAGGAGGUAGAAUAUGGGAGGGAGGCUGCCGAAGUCCAGUUCGUGCACCGCAGACUCCAAAGUAUAAGGGGAGAAAGAUCUACGUCGACAUCGAGCAACCAGUCGGACGGCCGCUCGCGCUCCAACCCACCUCUGCUGAACGAGAUUAUAAGUAUGUUGGAGGACCUCAACUACCCCGUCAACCAGCAGCUACUCGACAAGGCCGAAUCUAUUAAGAUCACCAAUGAAAAAUUAACAAGCAUGAACACGGGCAAAAAGAAAAUUCCUCUUGCGGAACCAGCGUUAAAUAUAAUGCACACUUUGGCGAGCGUUAAGAAGAUAAAAAACGGCGACUAUUCCGACUUUCAAACGGGAUUCGUGCCGCCGAAGAAGUCCCUCGCUCACGGUCUUCUACGCAGGAACAAUAACCACACCGAACCGAAGACGGACCACCAACAGAAGCGACUCGAUCCGUUCUUUUACAAGGAGUGCGUUUACUAUCUGACCAACUACGGGUCGCACGUUGCUAAUAUUAUGUUCUACAUGAAACACAGCAGCCUCGGCGAGGUCAUCAAAUACUGCUACGACAACAUGGUCGAGAAGGAGACCUUCACCGAUACGGUUUACAUGGAGUGCUUGAAAAAAGACAAAGUCAAUGAUCUAUUGAAAGCGAUGAGCGACAUGGACAGUACACUAGAAAUGUGGUCGGAGUACAUAAUGCAUGUGUGCCGCACGCUGGAGGCAGGGCGGCGGUUGGAGGCGCUUUACGCACUGCAGGUUGGUACGGCGCAGCACGCUCGCGCGGCGGCGUCCUGCGCGCUGCUGUACGCUCGCGCGCUGCCGCGAGGGGGCGGGGCUGCGGCGCUGCACGCGCGUGCGCACCACCUGUCCGCCGCCCUUGCACAUCUCUCGCACGUUGUGCCCUCUGCUACUAAGAUCAAUGAUCCAAAAUCACUUCAGUUCAAUUUGGACAAAGUUACCAUAGACAAUCUCAUAACGACGGUGUCGCGACAAAUGGAACUAGCGAAGUAUUUAGCAGAGUGUGAAGCGUCCGGAAGAGUCACGGAGAAAGUGUACAACGAAAUAAUACCCAUUCAGGGAAUAAGGACGGACAACCAAAGACCGCUGACUUUAUUCGGAUCGACCACAGACAAAAUAAGACUUGUAGCUGUGGUGUUGGCUACCGGGCCGUCUGUGGAGGCAGGCUUUAAUUUAGCAUUUAAAAUCAUAAGUGAGCACAAAUUAGACUCGAUGAACAUUUAUACUCAUGUUGCCAAAUACCUUGUCAAUACAGAUCGAUUUAUGGAAGUAAAGUCUUUAGCAAAAUGCAUUAGAGCAUCUAAGGAAACUGCUGCCAACCUGAUGAGCGAGCAGGUGCUGGAGGCGGGCGUGUGCGCGGUGGUGGCUCGGUGCGAAGCGCGCGGCCAGCUGCACGACGAGCAGGCCGAACUCCUCGUGCAGGACAUACACUCCGUCUCUGUCAAGAUAUCUUGCUACCUUGCUUGCCGUAAUGUAAGCAACGCUUACAUACUAGCAGCGAAACACGACCGAAUCAACGACUUACGAAGAGUUUUACAAGAAGCUGAGAGGCUAGGAAACGAACAAGUGAGAAAUGCAUGUUUAAAACGAUUGACUGCGAAAAGCUCUAGGUAAUAUACCUACAUACUGUUAUUACCUAGAACUUUUAGUUAUACCAUGUUAUACAAUAUAAUUAAUGAUUUUAACUGCCUGGUAAAAGGAUUAGGAAUCAAUUGGUCAGGAUAUAUAUAUAUUUUCUUGUUGAUUUUUCUACUGUUAUAACUUAUCUAUAUAAUAUAAUACUAUAUUACUU